CUGGAAUCUGUCGAGGUUCUAAUUUGCAUCCAAUCUCGGGAAUCUCUGAUCUGUCCCGGUUACAAUGGUAUCUGAGAAUACUGCGACUCUGCCCCCAAAAGUCUGGGCGACUUUGGUGACGAAUGAUGACUAUCUGAAGGGCGUAUUGACACUCAACUACCGUCUACGAUGCGUCAAAUCGAGAUACCCGCUGUUGGUUUUAUACACGAGCACGUUAUCUCAAGCCAGCAUCGAGUCUCUGAAGCGUCGAAGCAUAGCAACCCUCCGAGUACCACGACUCGCCCCAAUGACCGCAAAGGAAUACACCGAUGACCCGCGUUUCAACGAGUGCUGGACAAAGCUAAUCGCCUUCUCAAUCACGGACUACUCACGAAUAGUUCUGCUGGACUCAGAUAUGCUACCGCUGCAGAACAUGGAUGAGCUGAUGAACCUUGACCUCGAUUCGUCGUCAGUGAGCGAAUCUUUAGACGCGACUCGCAGUAAAAGAGUGUUUGCUGCUUGUCAUGCUUGUACAUGCAAUCCCCUGCGAAAGCCGCACUAUCCGCCGAACUGGAAACCUGAGAAUUGCGCGUUUACAUCACAGCAUUCUUCACCAGACGUCGCACAAACUACCGGGGCAGAUAUCUCAACAGGCUUGGGCAAACUAAACAGCGGACUUCUCGUCAUCAACCCGUCGAAAGUUAUUUUUGAUCAGAUCGUCACAAAGAUGAAUGAGACUGGUCUUGACUACCAGUUUCCAGAUCAGGACCUAUUGGCAGAUCUUUACAAAGGCCGGUGGGUCGCAUUGCCAUAUAUCUACAACGCCUUGAAGACGAUGCGGGAUCCAAGCGUUCACGGAGCUAUAUGGCGUGAUGAUAAGGUCAAGAACGUGCAUUACAUUCUCAGUCCUAAGCCAUGGGAUGAGCUAACACCUGAUGGGGCGUGGAAGGGGAACAACCCUAUACACAAGUGGUGGAUUGACGCGUACAAGUCAAUGCGUGCAGAGGAAAAGACACUUAGAAUCUCGUGAAUGCAUGCCACUUCACAUGUCUGAGCGUCAGGUUGAGCUAUUUGAAGUAUUACAAUAAAGCACUGUCGCAUUUCGCUCUUGCCA